AGGCUGAGGUAACGUCAAACGGUAUGAGUAUCAAGAUAACCUAAAAAUGAUGAAACCUACAAGGUUUGAAAAGUAAGAAGUAUAUUAGUAAGUGAGGUUUUUGAAAAUGGAAAUAGUAAUAUUAUGCUCAUAUAAUUGAAUUUCUAUGCUGAUUAAAUAACAAAAAACUUGAAUCUCAGAAUAACAUGUUUGUGUUCAUAGUUUGGCUAUACAUCACCGAAUGAGUUUUGGAGAUGCGAUAUUUUAGCUACCGCGCUUUUGAUUUGAGCCUGGCUUUAAAAAAUAUAAUUUUGUUUUAAGGUUAUGUACGGUAAUGCAUAGUCUGUGAAGUGAGCAAGUAGUCUAGAAUUUUAUUUGUAAUUUUUAACUAUAUCAAUCUGUACAAUUCCUCAAUCCAUAGUAUAAGCUUUAAAAUAUCUGAACUUAUUACCAAAUAGUAGUAUACUAAUGCAACUGUCCAAAUUGAGUAAAUUAUAAUGGAUAAAAAACGAAAACAGCAGUUUGGAAAACCUGCUGCUUCUGGCGCUAACAAAAAGACCAGAAAUGAUGAGGAUGAAGAAUUUCCAAGCUCCUUCGAAGCCGAAUUGGCCAUCAUGGACCAAAUGGAUGUGGAUAGUAUGGAAACAGAUUCUUUGGAAAUCGAAAAAGGACAGGGACCGGAAACUGUCCAAACGAGUGAAAAAUGGAGCAGACCAAAACCGCCUGUCAUCGAUCCCUCCAAAGACAAACUGAUUUUCCAGCAGCUAGAUGUUGAUCAUUACACAGGCGGAGUUCUGCCGAAUAUGCCGGGCUCCCGUGUUGGCCCCGUGCCGAUAAUGAGAAUGUACGGCAUCACUAAGCAAGGAAACUCAGUUUGCUGUCACAUACAUGGAUUCUCACCCUAUUUCUAUGUAUCUGCACCAUCUGGAUUCGACGAAACACACUGCAAACCUUUCAAGGAAGCCUUGAACAGAGUGAUCCUGUCAGAUAUGAGAGGCAACAGGGAUAACGUUCAAGUGGCUGUGCUUGCUGUAGAAAUCGUCUACAGGAAGAAUCUAUUCGGAUACACCGGCCCAGACUCCAGCAUGUUUCUCAAGAUAACAGUCGCUCUUCCACGUUUCAUUGCAGCUGGCAAACGAUUACUCGACAGAGAAAGUGUGUAUCCAGCGUUCAGUGGUCAUACGUAUCGAGCUUUUGAAUCUAACAUCGAUUUCGACAUAAGGUUUAUGGUGGACGCGGGAGCGGUGGGCUGCAGCUGGGUGGAGCUUCCCGCCGGCAAGUGGCAGCUGCGAGACAGAGCGGUGCACCGCCACGCCAACAAUGCUCUGCCCAGCAUGUCGCGCUGUCAGCUGGAGGUCGACGUCAGCUGGGAACAGGUGAUCUGUCAUGCACCCGAAGGCGAGUGGGCAGAUGUCGCGCCAUUCCGCAUUCUCAGCUUUGACAUUGAGUGUGCCGGCCGAAAAGGUAUAUUCCCGGAGCCGAAUCACGACCCGGUAAUUCAAAUAGCAAACAUGGUUGUGUGCCAGGGCAAUCCGGAGCCGUUCAUUCGCAACGUCUUCACCCUGAACACGUGUGCGCCGAUUAUCGGCUGUCAAGUCAUCAGCUGUGAAAAAGAAGUUGACAUGCUUGAAAAAUGGGCUGCAUUUUUCCGUGAAGUAGAUCCUGACAUAAUCACAGGCUACAAUAUCAAUCAAUUUGAUUUCCCCUACUUGAUAAACCGUUCUAAGCAUCUGAAUGCAAAGAAUUUCACGUUCCUUGGAAGAAUAAAGGAUAUCAGGUCAGUUAUAAAAGAUCAAAUUCUGCAGAGCAAGCAGAUGGGAAAACGAGAAAAUAAAUACAUAAAUUUUGAAGGAAGAGUCCCUUUUGACCUUCUCUUGGCUUUAAUACGUGACUACAAACUGCGAUCUUACACUCUCAAUGCCGUCAGUUUUCAUUUUCUGCAAGAGCAAAAAGAAGACGUUCACCACAGUAUCAUCAGCGAUCUGCAAAACGGAACACCUCAAACAAGACGAAGAUUGGCUGUCUACUGCUUGAAAGACGCCUACCUGCCUUUACGGUUGUUGGAGAAACUCAUGUGUAUUAUCAAUUACAUGGAAAUGGCAAGAGUUACUGGCGUCUCGUUGGGGAGCCUUCUAACCCGCGGGCAGCAGAUCAAAGUUGUGUCUCAGCUACUGAGGAAGGCAAAAGAACAAGAUUACUUGAUGCCAACCUACCAGAGUCGUGUUCAAGACGAUCAAUUCGAAGGCGCAACCGUUAUUGAGCCGAAAAAAGGUUACUAUGCGGAUCCCAUUGCAACACUCGAUUUCAGUUCGCUGUAUCCCAGUAUCAUGAUGGCUCACAAUCUUUGCUACACCACUUUGCUGCAAGGAAAUAACAGAGACCAACUUGGUUUGACUCCCGACCAGUAUUCGAAAACUCCAGCCAACAACUAUUUUGUGAAAGCAUCAGUGAGGAAAGGUUUGCUGCCUGAGAUUCUGGAAAGUCUUUUGUCUGCGCGUAAAAAGGCAAAAGCUGACUUGAAAAAAGAAACAGAUCCAUUCAAACAGAAAGUGCUAGACGGACGUCAGUUGGCCCUGAAGAUCAGUGCCAAUUCUGUAUAUGGCUUCACGGGAGCCCAGGUCGGCAAGCUGCCGUGUCUCGAAAUUUCUGGCAGUGUGACGUCAUAUGGCCGUGCUAUGAUUGAGCAAACCAAACAAGAGGUGGAGCAGCGCUACUGCAUUGCUAAUGGAUACAAGCAUGACGCAAAUGUCAUUUAUGGUGAUACAGAUUCAGUUAUGGUUAAAUUUGGAGUGAAAACCCUUGAGGAAGCUAUGGAACUGGGUAGAGAAGCAGCUGAAUACGUCACACAAAAAUUCAUCAAGCCUAUCAAAUUAGAAUUCGAAAAGGUUUAUUUCCCGUAUUUGCUGAUCAACAAGAAACGGUAUGCUGGCCUCUACUUCACUCGAACUGAUACGUAUGAUAAAAUGGAUUGCAAAGGUCUUGAAACAGUUCGAAGAGAUAACUGCCCUCUAGUCGCUAACAUGUUGAACACUUGCCUGCAAAAGUUAUUGAUCGACAGAGAUCCGGAUAGUGCUGUGAAUUAUGCAAAACAAAUCAUCAGUGACCUUCUGCGUAACAACAUUGACAUUUCUCAGCUUGUGAUCACAAAAGAACUGGCCAAAUCGGACUAUGCUGCGAAACAGGCGCAUGUCGAACUGGCCAAUAAAAUGAAGAAACGAGAUCCUGGAAAUGCUCCCAAGCUUGGUGAUCGAGUGCCUUACAUUAUCAUCUCGGCAAGCAAGGGAACACCAGCUUACCAAAAAGCUGAGGACCCAAUAUAUGUUUUGGAAAACAGUAUACCUAUCGACUCGAACUAUUAUUUGGAAAACCAACUGUCCAAACCUCUUCUGCGUAUUUUCUCUCCAAUUCUCGGUGAAAAGGCUGAAUCAAUUCUUCUACGUGGUGAUCAUACAAGGACAAAGGCAGUUGUAACAUCGCGAGUUGGUGCUCUCGCCGCCUUCACCAAGAAGAAGGCCACCUGUCUGGGCUGCAAAAGUGUACUUCCCACCGCCGAAGAACAUUCGCCACUUUGCAAGUACUGUCUCAAAGAUGAGGCGAAACUCUAUCAGAAAGAACUCACCAAAUUUCAAGACUUGGAAGAAAAGUUCUGCCAGUUGUGGACACAAUGUCAAAGAUGUCAAGGAAGUUUACAUGAGGAAGUACUGUGUACUAGUCGAGAUUGCCCGAUUUUCUACAUGAGGAAGAAAGUUCAAAUGGAUCUGGUUACUCAGGACAAGGUCAUUGAGAGAUUCGGUGAUCCAACUUGGUAGGACUUUCUGCAAGUAUAAUAAUAUUUACCAUUCUCUGCUAAUGGAUUAUUCUACAAUCUCAAUCUCUAUAUGCAGGUAUAAUUAUCAUUCUCUGUUAAUGGAUUAUUACUAUAAUCUCUACCAGUAACACCUGUUAAAUUUAUAUUUUUACAUACAAUAAUAAAUACAUUUUUAAAAUAUGU